GUUACGUAACAUGUGAUGGUUUGCUUUACUUCUCUCGUGUUUACAGUGGCCGCGCGAGCGAGUGUCGCUUGUCCCCACUGCGCAUCGAUCCGCUCCGCCCAGCGCUCGCUCCUCCCACCUGUCCCCCCUCCCGCGGCCCCGCGCCCCCUCCCCGGCCGCCGGCCUUUGUCGCGCGCCGCCCGCGCGGUCACCUGUGUCGCACGUCCUCAGUCGCAAAGCGGCCGCGUCGCGCGCCACCCGCUCCGUGCUACGCGCUAUAUUAUGACAGUGACGUGAUGGAGGGCAAGGAGUUCGGUGCGGUUCCCGGCUUGCCCGCCGGCCUGGACUACUUCAUGAUGCCCCGCGUCAGCCAACCCGCGCCUCAGUUCGACUUCAGAAAGUUAGGCGCCAGUUUCAGCGGGCGCGACGAAGACAAGUGCGAGGAGCGACGGACACCGGACUAUCCGCCGGAGCGUCGCGACCCGCCACCCGCCCCGUGGCCGCUCGGCCUCGGGGUCCAAUUCGUCAACCCCGCCACGGGGAAGAAGAGAGUGCAGUGCAAUGUUUGUUUGAAAACUUUUUGCGAUAAAGGCGCGCUAAAAAUUCAUUUCUCGGCGGUUCACUUGCGAGAGAUGCACAAGUGUACGGUGGAGGGGUGUACGAUGAUGUUCAGUUCGCGGCGGUCGAGGAACCGGCACAGCGCUAACCCGAAUCCAAAGCUACACUCUCCACACGUGAGACGCAAGAUCUCUGCCCACGACGGCAGGUCGUCGCAGCCUUUCCCGCUGCUGCCGGCGCUGGCCCGCCUGCCGCUGCCGCCGCCCGCCCUUCUCCCGCCCGAGCUAGCCGCACGUCUUCCGCCUUCGCUUGCAGCGCCUCCCGGACUCCCUCACCUACCUCCGCGAGUACCCCUCGAUGAUCUCCGCAACUUCAGUGAAAUUGAAAAAAUGUACAGAAAGAUUCCAUCACCCCAGAAUCAUCACCCUCGCCACGCAUUAGAUCUCGCUAAACCUGUUGCCGCGCACGAAGAAGAAUCUAUCGAGUGUAGUGAUAACAAUGACAUUUCUGACGAUGAGGACAAAGAAGAACCAGUGAUUAAAACCGAGUCUCCCGAGGAGAAACGGUCGUGCUACAUCGAUGAACCCGAAGAUUUAAGUGUAAACAAAAACAAACAUGACAUUAAAGCCCUUCCUGUGCAAUCUGAAUCUAGUGCUCGAAUAGAUCCCACCGUCAUAGAUGAUAAGUCGUCAUUGAUGCCUAAUAAACGUAAGAGAAAAAGCGGGAAUCCUACGAGAUGUUCGCAAAACAAUGAAUAUAGUGUAUCAGACGAAGAGUAUAACGGUGAUUUAUUCAGAAACUUGUCAACGCCUAGUUCUAGUCGAGCUGACGAGGAGCCUCUGUCGCUCAAGAAGCAGAAACCAGAGAAAUGGGAGCCAUUUCAGAACGGCGAGGAGCCGACUGUGGACUCGGAAUCGGUGACGAGAGUGAAGGCUGAAAGUGAAUCCGAUGAUGAGUCUAGUGCGCCGAGCGUCGUGCGAGAAGGCUUGAGACUGCGGUCAGAUCUCUACACACCCAGUGAUAGUGGCAGUGACUUGCAUGCGUUGGAGGAGCGCCUGGCGCGCGCCCGGUCGCGCUCGGCGAGCAGCGACCGGACGGAGGAUCGAGCGGAUAUUAAUGAUCUCGAAAUACCGAUAGACGAUGAAAAUCCCGAUCGAUGUACGGCGUGUGGCAAAAUAUUUCAAAACCACUUCACACUGCGAAUGCAUUAUCGAAACGAGCACUUAAAAUUGCUGCAUCCGUGCGAUGUGAACGGCUGCGACGCCGCUUUUCCCUCGCGGCGGAGUCGAGACAGACACAGCUCAAACGUAGACCUGCACCGGCGUUUAUUAUCAACAACGUCACCCAAUGCUCAAGAACAGAGGCCCGCUUUUGAAGUGAACGCUGAACUUCUCAAUAAAUUAUACGCGGACAUAAAAGGUCUCGCGUCGACACUAGAAAGUUUGCGAUACGGCGAUGAGUCUACCCAGAUUCCUAGCUACGUGACUGAGACUAUGAAGUUUUAUAGUAGGAAUUUAAGUGCUCUACAAGCCGGAAUGUUUCCACAGCUGAGUGAUCGGGGGUUUUUUCCGAGUCCCUUCUUGAUGGGUAACGGAGCGAUGCAGCCUGGAGGCCUGUACGGAGCCUCUGCGGGGGCGCAGUCGGCGCGAGAGUCAUUAUCGCCUCUGUCAGCGUCGUCUCCUCCGGUCAUUUCGCCGGGCAGGCUCGACGCGGCGCACGCUCGGCCCAGAGACGACGCCAACCUGCUUUUUCGCGAGACCACAGAAUCCUACAAGAAGAUGACUUCCCUGUGCGAACGCCAGGAGCAGCUGUACCAGCACCACGUGCCGGUGUCAUGACGCACCCCGUACAACCCCCGCGCGACCUGGUGAUACCUCACUUCCUAAGCCUAUGCGCACAGACUUUGUAUAUUUAAUUGUUAAUAAUUUUAAUUGUGUUAAUUCUAUCAUAUUUCGUUUUGUAUUUUCUUGUGAUAUUUAGACAAAUAUAUCGUAAUAAUUUUAUCGAUCCCACGAACUGUAAGUUAUAGGGGAUAUUACCGCUUGGGUAUUAAGUUUGCGUUUGUGCGAAGUGCAAUACGGACUCGGAAUAUUAUAAAUAUUAAUGGAAUCGGCGGCGUACGAUAUGGUAUCGUGUAGAGUAUUCGUAAUCGAUGUUGAAAGUAAACGUUCAUAAUGAUCAGCUUCAUUUAUUGUUCUGGCGCAAUAAACUCAUUGAGG